UAUGAAACACUCUCACUUGAUAGAUCUAUUAAUAUAUAUAUAUAUAUGUGCAUCCUAUCUGCAUGUUUUGAUCUGUCUACUUCUACAGUGUACUACUGAAUCCACGGUGCCACCACUCCAUCGUGGGGGACUGGGGACGACGACGACGAUGUUGCAGGGUGAUCGAUAAAUAUGCCCCCAUGUUCGUCGCCCAUCUGGUCCAAGUUGGCCGCGUACGUGCUCGCAACCUCCAAGUCUGACUUGAGUUGCUCCAUCCCGUUCGCGAGCAGCUCCCACAGGUUGGGCGUGUUAGGGUUAAGCACCAGCGCCAUGUCAUCCGCGGGAAGCUUGACAUACUGCGCCAAAUCCCUCGCCAGGCGGUGCGCGCGCGCACUCAGCACGUUGUUCUGAACUUGGAGCUCCGAGAUUUGGCCAUUCAGGCUCGAGAUCUCUUCGAGCAGGUCUUCCGUCUCGGUUUCAAACUUGUUGUUGUGCGCAUGCAUUUGCUCCUGCAGUUCCCGGAUGUGGUCUUCCAGGUUCUGGCUCGCCAUCUCGGCCGACGCGUGUACGUUUCCCACCAUCGCCUGAGACUGCGCCACGUCACGGCGAAGUUGCUCGGUCGUUUGUUCGAACUCGUCGGUUCGCGCCGCCAACUGCAAAGUCAACGCCGCCACCUGCGCGUCCUUGUCUUUUACGUGGCGAGUCGCCGUCAUGAUCUCUUGCAAAAGGGAAUCGUGCGCCGCUUUCAGCUCGACAACCGCGCUUCGUUCACAUGCUAAAGACGCCUCCAGCGCCUGCUUCUCCGCCGCCCAUUGCGCCGCCGUCGCAUGUUCGUGAUGGACAGACGUUUCCAGCUGAGAAACGCGAUCCUGCGAUGCCGUCAGCGCCGCGUCCAGCUCUUGGCGCUGGGCCAGUGCCCGUUCCAAGUCAUCUUUCCACUCUUUUUCGACCGCGCGUCGAGCGUCCGCUGCGUGGCGGGCCGCCUCCGCCGCCCCCUGCUUGGCCUGCUGCAGCUCCGCCUUGACCAUAUCCAAAUGUCCCUUGGUCUCGUUCAAGUUUUGUGUGACGAGGUUCAGAUCCGACUGCUUUUGCGCCACCUGGAGGUCCAGGUCAUCUCCCCGUCGACGUUCCCCCUCUAGCUGCGCGAGCGCCUCGUCCUUGGCCACUUUUGCGGCCUCCAACUCGUUCGCGAGCAUCUGGCUUCCCUGGUCGGCGGCUACUUCCACUGUACGGAGUUGCUCUUGCGCCGACGCCAACUCGGCCAGCAACGCGUCGGCCUUCUCCUCCCACUCCAACCCCGUGGCUUCGCACUCUGUCGCAAAUUCUUGUGAAUUCGCCACUUGCUGACGCAAUGCCUCCACCUCCGCCUUGCGUUGCUCGUCCAAACGACCCAAAUCCGCUGCAUGUCGCGUAUUGAGCUCUGCAAUUGAACCCUCCAAGUCGGCGAUCCUGCCUUCUAAGCUUGCCACGUGCCGUUCCUCGGCCUGCGAUUGGCUGAGACGCUGCGCCAGCUUUUCGAUCUCUUCCGCCGACGCUUGCGCGGCGGACACCCACGACUUCCUCUCCAUUUCCAAGGCCGACAGGGCGGCUCGUUCCGCGUUCGCGUGCAAGUUGGUCAGGUUUUCGUUCUCAUGGCGCAGCAACUCGACUUGAGCCGUGGCGUCGGCCGCCGCUUGUUCCCACGUGGCCACAUCGCCUUGCAACGCUGUCACAGACUGGCGCAGCUGCUCCACGUCGACCCGCGAAGCUUCCGCACGGGCGUGAAACUGCUCCCGUUCUAGAGAAAUUUCUGCCUGCAGUUGAGCAAUUUCUGCCUGCAACUGACCAACUUGGGCCGCUGCCGCCGCGUUGAUUUGGGCGUCGUCCACCGCUCGCUUCAACACGUCGACUUGGUCGGCCAACGCCUUGUUGGCUUCUUCUCGAUCCGCAGCAACUUGCUUAGCUACAUGCCACUCUUCCAGCAACGCAUCGUACUUUGUGGUCCAGUCCCGGUCCACAGCUUGAACUUCCGCCGUCAAGAGCGUCAUGCGGCCGUGCAUCGUCUCCAGCUCAGCGCGCAACGUGUCCUCAUUCGAUGUCGCAGUUGCAAUGACCUGUUCAAACCCAUAAAUCGACUGUCGGAGGUCGGCAAUCUCGUGCGAUUUGGCCUCGAUCGCCGCCUCUGCCGACAGUUUCUGGGCGGCCAAGUCAGCUUCGACCACAACCAGCUGCUGCUUGAACGCUUUCGUAGCAACUUCGGCAGCAACGCGGUCGCGCUCCAAGUCGGCCAUGAACGUGCGUUUGGCCCGCUCGAUGGUGUCGACGUGGUUGGUUAGCUCGAGAUUCAACUGCAAUGCGUCCGACAGCUCCUUCUGCACCGCCUUCACUUGAUGGGUGAGCGACCGCAGCGCGUCUUCCUUCCAUUGGGAUUGCGCUUCCACGGCGGCCUUGGUCACCAGCUCGGCUUGAAACUGCUCCAAUUUGAGCUCGAUCGAUGCCGCUUUGGCUUUCUCCGCAUCCACUUGGCCUUCGUACAAGGCACACGCAGCACGCAACGUGUCUUCGAGCUGCUUCUGGCGAUCCAAUUCGCCUUGGAAGUGCUGUUCCAUUGCGUAGAUGCGGUCGGCCGUCGCCUUUCCUUCGAUGUCGCGGCGGGCGGCUUCGGCUUGCAAGGACGCGAUGGUCCCCCGAAGGUCCUCCUCGAUGGAAUGGAAAGUUUGCGAAUCCUGCUGCCGCCCUUGAGCAUGCAGUUCGCAUUCAGAUUCCAAACGAGCGACGUGCGCGGCUUGUCUCUCCAAGCUGAGACUCAGCCGCUCCAAGUCUUCCGCGCUCGAGACCUUGAGCUGCUCCAACUUGUGGUCCAUGUUCUCCUUCUCCAAAGAGCCUGCACGAAGCGCGUCGGUGAGUCGUGCGAUGUCAUCCUCAUGCGUGCGAAGCAAGGUGUCCUUCGCCUCUGCGUCCUUCUCCAACGUCACCUUGACCUCCUUGAGCGCUUCGUUCAUGGCUGUGAGAUCGUCGAUGCGCUCCCGCAGCUGCGCGUCGCUGCUGUACUCCAACUCGUACUUGAGUUGCUCGUUGGACACUUGCAGACUUCGCGCUUGCUUCUCCCAUUGCUUUUUGGAGUAUUCAGCUUCGCCAAGUCGUUCCAUGAGGUUGGUCAACCUCCCGAGCAGCAUUUGCAUGGCAUCCGGCUCUUCUCCCGCUCCAUACACCUUGUCUUGCUGAUCAUCAUCUCCCUCUGGCCGAGGGGUCUCGUCUGAACCAAAGAGCGCGCUCCACAUGAUGAUGCGAUUUGCUGCUGCGUCACUCACUCCCGUCCAGAGGGGCAAUAAGU